AUGCGCCCUUCACCGGACAAGAUGGCGACCAGCAACGGCGGUGGAAUGGAAGUGGACGGGGCAGCCAGCCCCAGUGUUAUGGCCUCCGGCAUGACCGGCAGCGUCUCGGUGGCCUUGCAUCCUUUGGUCAUCCUCAACAUAUCAGACCACUGGAUACGCAUCCGCUCACAGGAGGGACGACCAAUGCAAGUGAUCGGCGCGCUCAUCGGUAAGCAGGAAGGCCGAAACAUCGAGGUGAUGAACUCCUUUGAGCUUCUUUCACACACGACGGACGACAAAGUGCACAUCGACAAGGAGUACUACUACACAAAGGAGGAGCAGUUCAAGCAGGUGUUCAAAGACAUGGAGUUCUUGGGUUGGUACACCACAGGUGGUCCCCCGGAUUCGUCUGAUAUCCACAUUCACAAGCAGGUGUGUGAGAUCAUCGAGAGUCCGCUCUUCCUCAAGCUUAACCCAAUGACCAAGCACACCGAUCUUCCUGUUAGCGUUUUUGAAUCAGUCAUUGACAUCAUCAGUGGCGAGGCCACCAUGUUGUUCGCCGAGCUGAACUACACUCUCGCCACGGAGGAGGCUGAGAGGAUCGGAGUGGACCACGUGGCCCGCAUGACGGCCACCGGAACGGGCGAGAACUCCACCGUUGCCGAGCACCUCAUCGCCCAGCACAGCGCCAUCAAGAUGUUGCACAGUCGCGUCAAGAUCAUUCUAGAGUACGUCAAAGCGGUGGAAACGGGAGAGGUUCCCUUCAACCACGAAAUCCUGCGAGAAGCGAAUGCGUUGUGCCACAGACUGCCAGUCCUCAGCACGAUUAAAUUCAAAACGGACUUUUACGACCAAUGCAACGACGUGGGUCUUAUGGCCUACUUAGGCACCAUCACAAAGUCGUGCAACAGCAUGAACCAGUUCAUCAACAAGUUCAACGUCCUGUACGACCGACAGGGCAUCGGCCGUAGGAUGAGAGGACUUUUCUUCUGA